UCAUCGUCAUUCAUAUUAUCUGAAACAGAAAAAAGCCAUUUUCGUUUCAUUUCGUUUCAUUUGCUCAGAGAAGAAUUGGGUUAUGGCGUGUUUGGGACAGCAGUUGACGGGGCUGAGAUGUCCGGCUCUGUCAUUCUCGGGAGGAGGGCUGGUUUCGAGGAGGACGAGGAAGCCAUUGUCCUUGUCUUCUUCUCCGACUCCGACAAGACAGAAAAGAGGUGUCUUUGUGGUGUCGGCGGUGGCGAUAUCGAAUGCGGAGACGAGGGAACGUGAGAAGCUGAAAGAGCUUUUCGAGGAGGCCUAUGAGAGAUGCCGUACUGCUCCCAUGGAAGGCAUCUCCUUCACCAUCGAUGACUUCCACUCCGCUAUCGAAAAGUACGACUUCAACUCUGAAGUUGGCACCAAGGUCAAGGGAACAGUUUUCUGUACUGAUAACAAUGGAGCACUAGUUGACAUCACCGCUAAGUCGUCUGCGUACUUGCCUCUGCAAGAGGCCAGCAUUCACAGGAUUAAACACGUAGAAGAAGUAGGGAUAGUUCCUGGUUUGAAGGAGGAGUUUGUGAUUAUUGGUGAGUAUGAAGCGGAUGAUAGCUUGGUCUUGAGCUUGAAGUCUAUUCAGUAUGACCUCGCAUGGGAAAGAUGUAGACAGCUCCAAGCUGAGGAUGUUGUUCUCAAGGGUAAGGUUGUUGGAGCCAACAAAGGUGGAGUAGUGGCACUGGUGGAAGGCCUUAGAGGUUUCGUUCCUUUCUCGCAGAUAUCAUCGAAAUCAACCGCAGAGGAGCUUCUUGAUAAAGAACUUCCUCUCAAGUUUGUAGAGGUUGAUGAGGAACAGUCCAGGCUUGUUCUCAGUAACCGCAAAGCCAUGGCAGACAGCCAAGCGCAGCUAGGAAUUGGAUCAGUGGUCCUCGGUACUGUCCAGAGCCUGAAGCCAUAUGGUGCCUUUAUUGACAUUGGAGGAAUCAAUGGCCUUCUUCAUGUCAGUCAGAUCAGUCAUGAUCGUGUCUCUGAUAUUGCAACAGUUCUUCAACCCGGAGAUACUCUCAAGGUUAUGAUACUGAGCCAUGACCGAGAGAGAGGCCGAGUGAGUCUUUCUACCAAGAAGUUAGAACCUACUCCUGGAGACAUGAUCCGUAACCCAAAGCUUGUUUUUGAGAAGGCUGAGGAGAUGGCUCAGACAUUCAGGCAAAGAAUAGCUCAAGCAGAAGCCAUGGCUCGUGCCGACAUGCUUCGAUUCCAGCCUGAGAGUGGAUUAACCCUCAGCUCGGAGGGGAUCUUGGCUCCUCUUACUUCCGACUUGCCAGCAGAGGGUUUAGACCUGAGUGAUGUUCCACUUGCUGAUGAUGAAGUGUCAGAAUGAGAUAAUAUUUUUUUUUCCCCUUCCCCUUCAUUAUUUUGCUUGUGAAAAUUGUUGAAAAAAAUAUACAUUGUCCUGUAAGCUAAUG